AUGAAAACAAAUAUGUUCAAUCCAGAAAAUAAAGAUAAUUAUUAUGAAUUUAAUGAUAAGAGUGUAUAUAUAUGCGAAAAACCAAAUGAAAUACAUCUUCAUUUAGAAAAAUCAUCAUGUUUCUCAUUAUUUGGAUUAGAACCUAGAAAAUAUGAAUAUAGAAAAUAUGAUGAAAGACUAUACUACAGUUAUUAUAGUAUUAAUAAGUUGAAAAAAAUGAUAGAAGGAUAUAAUUGUCAAUAUGGUAAAAUUGGAGUGGAAUUUAAAUUUGAAAUGACUACAUGUGAGGGUGAAAAGAGAUAUUAUACUAUAAACAUUAUCUUAAAUCAAUCACCAGAACAUCCAACACAAAUUGAAAUAGUUACUCCAGGAGAAGAUGUAUCUAAGAAUAAUCCAACAAAUGAAGAAUCAAUAAAUAUUACUGACACCACUCCCCUAAUCUCUAAUACUCCAAAAGGUCUUUGGAGAUAUUAA